AUACCCAGUAGGUGCUGUUGAUGCAAUGCAAUAAUAUUGGCGAUCACAUAUAGCUGUCAAGUAUGAAGCCACACUCAAGUUAGGCUUUGUUGUGAGUAGAAGAGUGUUAUAUGUGCUGCUUAAGACCUCCUGUUUCUUUCUAGGUGAGAGAAAUGGAUUCUAUAAUUCAGUCUAGGACAUCACAGGUUGUGUAGGAAGGAUAUACAGGAAGACAUUCACUAGGCCUUGUGAUGCUACAAUGAAGACCUGGUGGAAUAUACUGAUAUGUAUGUGGAUAGGUGUUAUCCAUGGAGAGGAGCAUGUUAAUGGUGAUUUUUCACUGACGAGCUCACCAUUAACAGCAACAGAUGGAGACCUCCUCACCUUGACCUGUAUGAUUCGUGAUGAAUCUGCAGUAAACAUAGGGUGGCUGCAGAGCAACAAAUUUAAAUUCGUAACUCAACAGUCAAUUCAUUGUGUUAAGCAGACUCUCGUCUACGGUCAGGACAUCAUCAGCCGUAUCAAUGUGAGUUGCAAUAGCACGGCCCAUAGUAUAGCGUUCAGAUUUAACUCCACCACAGACCAAGGAUCAGCGUGGCAGUGCGGGAAAGCUGUUAACGAAUCAGCUAUAUACCCGAGAAGCAACAUUUAUUCAAUAGGGAGCCGGUACAUGGAGACUACAUCGGCGGAUUUCGAGACAGUAACGCAAAGACCCGCAAUUGAAGCUAUCUUAUGGCUACCCAUAGUUGUAGCAGGAGCUGUUAUUAUCAUCAUAAUUAUCACUAUCGGUUGCUGCUACCGCCGCUGUAGAAAACAGGUGCCAGCAUCAGCAGACACUCAUACACAUGAUGACUUGGUUGUACCUGUGUCACAAGGAAAACGGAAGGUAGCAGUCGUAUAUCUCCCUUCUGAGGACGCUGUGCACCAGGCUGAGGACAAUGUUGUAGUCGGCCCUGGAGGAUCUGCUUCUGGUAAUGAUCAACAAGGACCCGGACUCCGUAUUAAUCCUGUGUACGUCCCUACUACUGUAGGUGACAGAAUAGUCACAACAGGGACAUUGGCAGGGACAGGUGUGAUUGGUGGCGAUAACCUACAUCCUGAAACGAGAGGAGAAUAUGUUGCUCUUGAUAGGAAUGCUGUCCAACCCUCACACAUCUAUGAACAUCUGACAACAUAUGAAGAAAUUGCCAACAUGUGAAGUAACAUCCUUAAAAGAAACGGGUGUCUGUAUACUACACAUAUAAGGCCCACAUGAAAACAUUCUCACCUUGUUUGUGCUACGAGAAAAUAAGGAAGAGAAUUUAUGAAUGUCAACUUGUGUAUACGAGUACUUACUCCUUCAUCAGGUAAAGAAAAUGCUAUGAGGUAGAGAAUAUAUAUAUGUGUACCUGCAAGGACAACAAAAGUAAAAGGAUAACAAGGGGGAAACUAAACAGGCAAGCCAACAGAUAAUGGGCGCUGAAAGGUGAUUAGCAAUGGACAAAUGGAAGCCAACACUUAACAUGCCAUUGAUUGGUAAUAUGCUAUGGACAAUGGGCAAAAUUUACUUUUGUUGUCCUUACAUGUACAUAUAUAUGCUGUCUGCCUCAUGGCAUUUAUUCACCUGAUGAAGGAGAAAGAAUAUAUUCCGAAACGUUGUGUUCCUCACCAUAAAGAAGUUGACAUCCAUAAAUUCAUCUUAUGUGUAUCACUUCUAAAUGCCUUACAAAGACUUGAUACGAGAAAAUAGUCCUUUGCAUGGAAUACAUAACUAAAAUUGAAAACAGCAACACUCAAUUAAAUCUAGCACAUCAGUGUCAUUGCAUUGAAUUAAAACGACCAAACCUCAUCUCAAACAAGAUACCAAAUACAUCUGCCGUUCAUAGUGCAUUGAUGCAUUUGGAACUAUUAUUUCGUCUUGGUUCGAAGGUAUAAAUGAUAUUACAUUAGUACACUCAUAAAAAAGUUACUUCAAGAUAAACACUCUUAACUAUUAUGUCGAUGAGACAGGCUUGGAAUACAUAUGAUUGUGGACGCCAGUCCUCAUAUUGAUCUCUUGAACGUAGUGUCUUUCUUACCGCAGCAUUUGCAGGCCGCUGCAGGCCGCUGCAGUACGUUAACAACGUGACAGCUUCGGUGAUCGAACUCCUCAUUGAAUUCCAAAAUCUUUGUUAUUCCUUGAGUGGAGCUACCAAACUCUGAAAUAAGGCACUAACAAUCAGGUGUUUGGAUGACUCCUUCUCUCCUGACCCGUGAAGAUUCCAGGAUAGAAUAGGUCUUCAGCAACCCAUGCUUGCCGUAAAAGGUGACUAUGCUUGUCGUAAAAGGCGACUAACGGGAUAGGGUGG